AUGACUUCGGUAUCUGUAGUACCGCCCACGCCCAAGGACAGCUUGGGUCUCGUUCGCAAGCCACGUACCAUCGUGCUCUGUUUUGACGGAACCUCCAACGAAUACGGGACAGAGAACACAAACGUUGUCAAGUUCUACUCUCUGCUGAAGAAGGACAAGACGGAUGAGCAAAUAUGCUACUACCAGCCAGGUAUUGGGACGUACUUCCAGCCUGGCGUAGUAUCCCCGUUCCUUCGAUGGUGGGCUACCGGACUUGAUAUGGCCAUUGCUUGGUAUCUCUCCCAACACGUGCUCGACGGCUACAAGUUCUUGAUGCAGAACUACAACGUCGGUGAUAAGGUCUGCAUAUUCGGCUUUUCGCGAGGAGCGUAUACGGCGAGAGCACUUGCGGGGAUGCUGCUGAAGAUUGGCCUUCUCUCGAAAGACAAUGAUGCGCAGCUGUCAUUUGCGUACAAGCUCUACAAGUCCAACAAUCCCGACUCAGGACCAAUAGCUGCCGGCUUCAAGCGCACAUUCUGUCGGUCUGUGCCCAUUGAGUUUAUCGGCGUAUGGGAUACGGUGGCCAGUGUUGGCGUACUCACUCGAAGGUCGCUCCCAUUCGUGACGACCAAUACCACGAUCAAGACGUUUCGCCACGCCCUUGCCCUUGACGAACGGCGCGCGAGGUUCCGAGCCAGCUACUAUCACCGCCCGAAUGGCGAGGCUGUGCAGGCGCCCAUAUCGCACAUGGGCACGAUGGUGCGCGACGCCCAUUCGCGCUGGAGACGCUUCUUCUCCAAGGACAAAGGGCGAUCUCUGAAGGUCGUUCACGACAUGAUCAAUGAUCAUAGACUUCCCCAAGCCAAUGAUGACGCCAUCUUCAAAACCGACGUGAAGGAGGUAUGGUUUGCAGGAUGCCAUGGCGAUGUGGGAGGAGGUUCGACUCCCGAUACGGACGACUUUGCGCUCUCCGAUAUCCCUUUACGGUGGAUGGUCAAGGAGGCUAUACAGGCUCAAUGUGGUCUAUUAUUUGACAGCGGCGAACUUUCACGCAACAAUAUCUCACAGUCCAUCGCCGACAUCUUCAAUCCCCGUCCCUCUUCGAGCAAGGGAAAGCAGCGCACAUUGCACGACUUCACGAUGCCCGGUCGUAUCAAGGUGGAACGAUCUUCUGCAGGCGCCGCAGACAAUGCCUCGGCAUCUGGGUCUUCCGGGCAUUCAGAAGUCCAGCAGACGGCCCAGAGCGAGCGGGACAUGAGCGAGGUGAUGCAGCCCAUUCACGACGAGCUGAAGCGCAAGCCUAUCUGGUGGAUCUUGGAGGUCGUACCGACCAAGUAUACCUGGCAGAGAUCAUCGUCGAACAAGUGGGCGGCUGAGUGGAGUAUACACCUGGGAGAGGGCCGUGGUGUACCGGACAAUGCACCUCCACUAUUCCACGAGAGUGUUAGGCGCAGGGAUAUCAAAUACAAGCCUCGUGCAAGGUACGAACCCGGGACGGAAGUCUACGUCGAUUGA